UUAAUAAAUCAAUAUAUUUAUUAGGCAUAGGCCUAUAGCUAUAGAUUAAUAUAGAAUAGAUCUAUCUAUUCUAGAUAGUUUUAUAUCUAGAUUCUACCUCUAGAUCUAGCAGUCUAAGUAAAAUCAGUGUUAUAAUAAUGCUUGUUGUGAUGGAUCAGCUGACACAGAUCAAUUGACACUGUCACAUACCAUCUAACACUGACACUGUCACAUACCAUCUGACACUGUCACAGAUCAGUUGACACUGACACAUACCAUCUAUCACUGACACUGACACAUACCAUCUAUCACUGACACUGUCACAUACCAUCGGACACUGUCACAGAUCAGCUGACACUGUCACAUACCAGCUGAAACAGAACAGCCCAUUCUCUAUGAAAAAUCUUCCAGUGCUAGACCUGUAUCAGUUUCCAGCUACAGAAAGAUGAAGCAUUAAAGCUAAAAGAACAAUGGAUUUCCUUAUAUUUCUACUGGGUUAUGUUGGUUUGUUUGUGGUCGUGGCAGUAUUAGCUAUCAUCUCAAGCUCUUCUUCCUAUCUGUCACAGCUCUCAGAGAAAUUCAAAUGUUUUUUCUUAAAAGUGAUCUAUGCCGUGGUUCCUGGGUUUAUUAUUAGGCUUGUAUCUUACUCUGUGGACUAUGUGUUCAACACAAGAAAUCAUGUGAUGCAGCUGGUGUUUGGCUUAUUGGUACUGGGAGGUAACUUCAUCCUGAUAUUGGAUGUUCUCCCUUUACUGUACAUUUUUGAGCCUGAGACCAAUCACAUCCUGCUGCCUCUGGUCCUCCUCUUCACCAAUGCUGCAGCCUUCCACUUGAGCUGCACGGCUAACCCAGGCCACAUAACACCAAGUAAUGCUGCUAUAUAUGCCUCCCUUUACAAGGCUGAUGGUACCAUGUACACCACUGGAGUGGAGUGCCAGACCUGUAGACUGGUCAAACCAGCCAGAUCUAAACAUUGUCGUGUCUGCAACAGGUGUGUUCAUCGGUUUGACCACCACUGCAUAUGGACCAACAAUUGUGUAGGUGCGGGCAACCUGCGCUACUUCAUCUCCUUCCUGCUGAGCCUGCUGAUGAUGCUGGUCAACGGAGCGGUGAUGAGCACGCGUGCUAUGGUGCUGCUGGUCCAACAUUUUAAGUUGAUGGAGACUGGCUACGUGGACUCUUUCACUGGACAAAUGCACCCGGUCACUCUGCCCAUUCUCAUACAGCAUCUGUUCAUGCAGCACCCGCGCUGUAUCUUCCUGAUCACAUCGCUGCUGAUGCUGAUGGUGCUGCUGGGCAUGUUCACACUCUACCACCUCUACCUCCUGCUCAACAAUCAGACCACCAAUGAACGCUAUAAAAUGGCCUCACUACAAAGUAACACAUCUCAACAGCCCCGCACACACCAAGUCAACAAAACAGCCGCCAGUCUGACAGCAGAUCACAAUUUUAAUAAUACUCUCACUAAAAAUCAGGAGCUUGCCUCAGCUGGCUCAUUUUAUGACAAAGGGAUUUGGUCUAAUAUUAAAGAGGUCUUCUUUCCAUGGUCAGAUUUGCAGAUCAAGAAAAGAAAUACAGCUAGUAACUUUGGGCACAACAAAUCUAAGAGGAAAGUUUGUUGAAAAUAUUUGCUUGAGUACAAUGUUUUUAUGGUGGGCACAUUUUGUUUCAAUACUCACUUGUUGGUCUUAGGGUCAUCUGUUGGUGUUAGGGUCAUCUGUUGGUGUUAGAGUCACCUGUUGGUGUUAGGGUCAUCUGUUGGUGUUAGGGUCAUCUGUUGGUGUUAGGGUCAUCUGUUGGUGUUAGGGUCAACUGUUGGUGUUAGGGUCAUCUGUUGGUGUUAGGGUCAUCUGUUGGUGUUAGGGUCAACUGUUGGU